UUGACAUUGUUUCUUUUAGUGGAAAAAGCAGCAUUUACAAUUGUAUCUCUGCUUGGUCUUUGGGAAUAGCUGGUGGCAAGCCGGAGUGUUGAACUGUGCCUGCAUCUAGCCGUUCACUGCCUGACUACCUUACGCAGCGCAAUCAGGGGAAGAGAAACACUCUGAUUAUGGCACCUUCAGGAAGAAAACAUCCUGGGAAAUCUGGUAAACCAGUUCAGGAAGAUCAAGCUAUACAUACCUAUGACUUCCAGGAAGAAAAGAAAGAUCUGAGUGGAUCAGAGGAAGACAGGGAAGGCGAGACUCCAGUAAUUGAUAAACAUGGGAAAAAAAGACCUUCAGUGAUGCCUCACAAUGUGACUGAAGAUGAUGUGGGGGGUGAAGUACAGAAUAUGUUGGAACGGUUUGGAGCUGAUAUUAACAAGGCUCUCCAGGCUAAAAAGAAGAGACUAGAAAUGUAUACUAAGGCUUCUCUCAAAACCAGCAACCAGAAAAUUGAACAUGUUUGGAAAACACAGCAGGAACAAAGACAGAAGCUGAACCAUGAGUAUUCUCAGCAGUUCCUGACUUUAUUUCAGCAAUGGGAUGUGGAUAUGCAGAAAGGAGAGGAACAGGAAGAAAAACUAGCGAAUAUGUUCCGUCAGCAACAAAAGGUUUUCCAACAGGCGAGAAUAGUUCAGAAUCAGAGACUGAAAACAAUUAAACAGCUGUACGAUCAGUUCUUGAAGAGCAUGGAAGAUAUGGAAAAGAAUAAUGAAAAUCUUCUAGCUGGUGCACAAAGUGAACUUCGCAAGGAAAUGGCUAUGUUGCAAAAGAAAAUUAUGAUGGACACUGUAAGUAUUGGCAUUGAUUUUUUGGGGGGAGGGAGGAAAUCAGUCCAAAAAAAUGAAAGGAGAAAAAUAAUUUAAGAUUCUCUUAAUUAGCUCAGUAGGCCUGACAAAAGUGGUAUUUUUCCCUAAUUGUUUUGUUAUCUGUGUUCAAUUUUAUCUCCU